UUUUGGUUCGUUUCUAGACUCACAACAUCCUCGUUCGCUGUUCAAAUCAAUUGUGAGAAGUAUUACAACUUUUUUUUUCACUACAAAAUUUAAAAAUGUGUUCACGCGAUCCGGCCACAAAUCAAUUGAUUGACUACAAGAAUAAUGACUCCGAGGUGCAAAAGGAGAUCACGACCUCCAGUGGAUCACCGGUUGGCGUAAAGGAUGCCAUACAGACGGUGGGACCAAGGGGUCCAGCCUUACUUCAGGACUUUCAGUUUCUCGACGAGCUAAUGCACUUCGAUUCCGAACGGAUUCCCGAGAGGGUGGCCUAUGCCAAGGGAGCGGGGGCCUUUGGCUAUUUCGAGUGCACCCACGACAUUUCCAAGUUCUGUGCAGCCACAAUUUUCGAUAAGGUUAAGAAACGAUGUGCCAUCGCUAUGCGAUUUUCCGUUGCCUGUGGAGAACAGGGUUCAGCGGAUACCGUCCGCGAGCAACGUGGUUUUGCGGUCAAAUUCUAUACUGACGACGGUAUCUGGGAUAUUGUGGGUUGCAACAUGCCCGUGUACUAUGUGAGGGAUCCCUCGCUGUUCCCCAGCUUGAUCCACGCCCAAAAACGCAAUCCACAGACCCAUUUAAGGGAUCCUGAUAUGUUCUGGGAUUUCAUGACACUACGUCCGGAAACACUGCAUGCUCUGCUUAUGUACUUUAGCGAUCGGGGAACGCCCGACGGAUAUCGCCACUUGCACGGCUAUGGAGUUCACACCUAUCGCAUGAUCAAUGCGACCGGGGAAACGCAGUACGUUAAAUUCCACUUCAAGACGGAUCAGGGUGUCAAAAACCUGGACAGCCGACGAUGCGAGGAGCUAAUGUCCCACGAUCCGGAUUACGCCAUCAGAGAUCUAUAUAACUCCAUAAAGAAGGGCAACUAUCCCAGCUGGUCCAUGUACAUUCAGGUAAUGCUCAACGAGGAGGCCAAAAAAUGUCGUUUCAACCCUUUCGAUGUGACGAAAGUGUGGCCCCAAAAGGAUUUUCCCCUUCUGCCCGUCGGAAAGCUGGUCCUCGAUCGCAACCCCACCAACUACUUCACGGAGGUGGAGCAGCUGGCCUUCAGCCCGGCCCACAUGGUUCCGGGGGUCGAGCCCUCGCCGGACAAGAUGCUCCAGGGCCGUCUCUUUGCCUACGGGGACUCGCAGCGCCACCGCAUGGGCGUUAACUACAUGCAGAUCCCGGUGAACUGCCCCUACAGAGUGAACGUGAGGAACUUCCAGCGGGAUGGUCAAAUGACGGUGACUGACAAUCAAAACGGGGCCCCCAACUACUUCCCCAACUCCUUCUGCGGCCCGAAGGAAAGUCCCCGGGCGUUGGGCCUGCAAACCUGCUGCCCUCUGACCGGGGAUGUCUACCGAUUUAUGAGCGGUGAUACGGAGGACAACUUCAGCCAGGUGACCGACUUUUGGACCUACACCCUGGACAAUUGCGGCCGGAAGCGACUGGUCCGCAAUCUGUCCGAACACCUUACCGAGGCCAGUCAGUUCCUCCAGGAACGGGCAGUGAAACUAUUCACCAUGGUACACUCCGAUUUCGGACGGUUGAUGACGGAGGCCCUGAACACGGCCAGAAUAUCCAAGUUCUAGGGUUGUCACAGAACUUUUUAGUGGUUCAGUGGCCUCUAAGAUUUUCGAAACAUUUUUCAAGUCUGUUGCAAUGUGGUCGGUCCCUACCUCAGAACUUACAAAUUCGUAAGCGGUGUCAAGAUGGAAUUAGGUCUACAUUCUGAAGAAUUCGGUUUCUCCCGAGUAUUGAGAAGUAAAAAGUUAGAAGGUACGAAGUCUUCUGAGUAUAAUGGUGGAACAGGGCUACCACUUUCAAAUGCUCUUAUAUAACUUUGGCUUUCAGUUCCUAACCUACAUAGUUUUAAGAUCAUCAUGCAGCCACUUCGUAUGUCUUGAGGGUUCCCUGGCACAAGGUUGGGGUUAGCCCUAGCUGCUAGCAAGUAAUCAUAGGGUCUGGUUACCCAACAGAUCUGAAGGCGGUGAUUUUCAACCCGGAUGAUAAUGCCCUUUCGGAAACCUCAUUCGCCCACAGAAAUCUGCCAUUAGCCAGCCACUCGUGCCCGGGCGUUUCUCUACUGGAUUGAAGUCGCCCCAGCUCGUCCUUGAACCUAGCGGUUUGUGUGUUUUCAAUGCGUUUACAAAUGAAUAGAUUUGUCCAAAUGGA